AAUGCAAAACCUAAAGCUUGUGACGGUAGGAGAUGGCGCUGUCGGGAAGAGUUGUCUGCUUAUCUCAUACUCCACAAAUUCCUUCCCAAGUGAAUACGUACCCACAGUGUUCGACAGCUACGCAGCAGACGUAAUGGUGGACGGAAAACCUGUAAAUUUGGCUCUUUGGGAUACAGCAGGCCAGGAGGACUAUGACCGUCUACGGCCCUUAUCCUAUCCAGCAACAGACGUCUUCUUCUUGUGUUUUUCCAUAGAAUCCCGUGCGUCCUUCGAAAAUGUGCCAACAAAAUGGAUACCAGAAAUCAGACACUAUUGUCCUGACACACCUAUCGUAAUGGUUGCCUGUAAAAUAGAUUUACGCCACACAAGUUCACGAGACCUGGUGACGUAUGAAGAGGGGGCAAAAGUUGCCAAGGAUUGCGGCAUGCGCUACAAAGAAACAAGUGCGUUAACGCAGGAAGGUUUAAAGGAUUGUUUCGAUACGGCGAUCCGGGAGGCGUUGUGUACAACAAAAAAGAAAACGAAAAAAUUUGGAUUUUCCUUCGGUGGUAAAAAACGAGUUCCCCUUCCACCAGAUAUGCCUCCCGCCGGCAAGGCCCCUUGGAUUGAAAUUGAAACAUCAAGAUUUGCUGAGGAUUGGAUGGCGAUGCACGAAAGUCCUGUGCAUGCCGAUGUGACAUUCGUACUGAGUGGACAACACAACCUGGACGGACAUAAAAUAGUUCUUUGUUCAGCCUCCAAAUACUUCAGACGAGUCUUCGGGAUGAUGUCUUCAAAUAAGAGCGCUCAGCUGAAGCAGAUCGAGGCCUUAAGUAACUUCACUCUUGAAGAUCUCAAUGCCGGACUUGUCCAAGGAAUAGCAGCGGUUUAUGACAAGGACACUAGUACAGAGGAUAAUAAGGGUCAAAACCAUCAUCAUACAAUGGUGGAGCUGAGUGCCGAUAUCAAACCAAAGACAUUUGUCAGGGUCCUGGAAUUUCUCUAUUCUGGUGUACCUAGAUUGACCAAUGAUGAGGACGAGAUAGACCAGGACGAACUCGCUGACGUCAUGAGGGUAGCGGACAUUUUCAAAUUGCCGAGACUGACAGAAAUUUGUCAAAAUUGUCUCAGCGAACAGGAAUUCCUAAAUCCAAGUAUAGGUACAUUCCUGAAUGAUGAGACAGGACAAAAGAUGAAGGAACUAUACUUCAACAAUCCCGAGAUGGCUGACGUUGCGUUCAGAGUGGAAGGUAGAACAAUAUACGCCCAUAAAGUUGUUCUGAGUGCAAGAUGUAAAGUUAUGGCCGCCAUGUUUGGAGGUCAUUUCGUAGAAGGCCAGGCAACGUUAUCUGAGGUGGAUAUUCCGGCUACCUCCGCGGAGUGUUUCUUGGCUCUGUUGGAAUACCUCUACACCGACCAUUCACCCAUUGAAGAGAUCGAUGUGGUGGGACUCGUUGUUCUCUCAGAUGAGUAUGGACAAAAACGACUGAUCAAUCUGUGUGAACUAUAUGUUACAAAGGAAGUCGACAAGAGUGUGACAAAAAAUAUAGAGAAAGCAGAUAUCGACGUCAUCGGACUUUUGCACACGUCACAGAAUUACAACGCAGAACAGCUGUCCUGUUGGUGUUUGCAUUUCAUCUCCACAAACUACACGGCGUUCCAAAACCGGGCAGAAUUCUCGUUAUUAAAGGGAGAUAACAAAACAUAUAUUGAGGAGAAUCAGUGGCCUCCAGUAUCGUACCUCCGUGAGGUGGAGGAGUACGAGAAAAAAUGGAAUCCAAAGGGAGACAAAUGUUCAAUCAUGUAAGCGUGUAUCUAC